AUGAUCAGAACUGCUGCUAAAAACUCCGCCCGUGCGUUCUCCACCAGGGCCCCCGCCUUGGACAAGAUCAAGGUCAAGAACCCCAUCGUCGAGUUGGACGGUGACGAAAUGACCAGAAUCAUCUGGCAAGUCAUCAAAGACAAGUUGGUCAACCCAUACUUGGAUGUGGACUUGAAGUACUACGACUUGGGCAUUCUCGCCCGUGACAAGACGGAUGACCAGAUCACCAUUGACGCAGCCAAUGCCAUCAAGGAGUACGGAGUGGGUGUCAAGUGUGCCACCAUCACUCCAGAUGAGCAGCGUGUGGCCGAGUUUGGGUUGAAAAAGAUGUGGCUCUCGCCAAACGGUACUAUCCGUAACAUCUUGGGCGGCACUGUGUUCCGUGAGUCCAUCAUCAUCCCCAGAGUGCCCAGAUUGGUGCCUGGUUGGGAGAAACCAAUCAUCAUUGGAAGACACGCUCAUGGAGACCAGUACAAGGCCACCGAUUUGGUGAUUUCUGAGCCUGGUAAGUUGGAAUUGACCUUCACUCCCGCCAACGGAGGCAAGCCUGAGACCAGAACCGUCUACGACUACAAGGGUGCAGGUGUAGGCUUGGCCAUGUACAACACUGACGAGUCCAUCCGUGGAUUUGCCCACUCGUCGUUCAAGACUGCGUUGGCAUCCAAGUUGCCAUUGUACUUGUCCACCAAGAACACAAUUUUGAAGAAGUACGACGGAAGAUUCAAGGACAUUUUCCAGGAAAUCUUCGAGGCCAACUACGCCAAGGACUUUGAGAAUGCUGGCAUCUGGUACGAGCACAGGUUGAUCGACGACAUGGUGGCACAGAUGAUCAAGUCCAAGGGUGGUUUUGUCAUGGCGUUGAAGAACUACGAUGGUGACGUGCAAUCGGAUAUUGUUGCACAAGGCUUCGGAUCUUUGGGCUUAAUGACCUCCGCGUUGAUGACCCCAGAUGGAAAGGCCUACGAGGCUGAGGCUGCCCACGGAACCGUCACCAGACACUUCAGACAACACCAACAGGGUAAGGAAACCAGUACCAACUCCAUUGCUUCGAUUUUCGCCUGGUCCAGAGGUAUUGCCCAAAGAGGUAGACUCGACCAGACUCCAGAUGUCGUUGACUUUGCCAACCUCCUUGAGAAGGCCACCGUGGACACCGUCCAGGUCGAUGGUAUCAUGACUAAGGACUUGGCUCUUGCCUGUGGUAAGACCGAGAGAUCUGCCUACGUGACCACCACCGAGUUCUUGGACUCUGUAGCUGAUAGAGUCAAGAAUGCCGUCAACAACUAG